CUCUCAAGAUGUCUGAAGAUGAAUCGGCAGUAACCAAACUGGUGUCGGUGGACUUUGAGAUCUUCGGUUACGUUCAGGGAGUCUGUUUCAGAAUGUACACAGAGAAGAAGGGUCUGCAGCUCGGUCUGGUCGGCUGGGUGAAGAACACCCAUGGUGGGACUGUGGUGGGACAGGUCCAGGGUCCUGCUGACAUGGUGGAGAAGAUGAAGGUGUGGUUGAGUAAAGAAGGAAGUCCAAGCAGUCGGAUCUCCAAAGCCACCUUCACCAACCAGAGAGCCAUCGACAAGCUGGAGGUCUCCGGAUUCAAGACUCGCUUCUGACCAGCUGAAGACAAAAACACUGAGAGCUGCCUCUUGUGGUCAGACCUGUGCACAAAGCUCUCAGUAAUGAUUUGAGUUUAGUUUUAUAUACAUGCUUCUGUAGAUUUACUGAAUGAAGACUGUUGACUCUGGUUUGAGUCCAGUCCCUCUAGAUAAGAACAGUGGAAACUUUCAGGCUGAAAGUGUACUGUCAGACAAAUAAAUAUAUGGUAAUGUUAUAUUUAUAACAAAAGAAGCAUCUUUGUGUAUGUAUCCAUCUGUGCGAGUCAAAGCCAAAAGUCAAAAAUACCCACUGCUUUGAAAACAUUGUACUGAAGCAGUUAAAGCAACUAUGUGUAAAAAUUAUGUGUGAUUAUAACAUUUUGUUACUAUUCUACUAGCAAUAUAUUUUUGUUUGUUACAUUAAAGUAAAAUUAACAAGUUACAAUAUAA